GGCCUUCAGUAAAGUUGUCAGGACAAGUUAUUUCAUGAUGAAAAAAGUAAGCAGUAUUUUUAAUUGUUUGUCUCUAAUUCUACUGCUUGGAGUCACCCAAGGUGUUGUCGGGAUAUUAAGGAACCUUAUCACGGAUAGGUGCAUACAGAUUGAAAAAGGCGAAAGUACAGACGUCGUGUCCGCUGUUCCUUGCACUUUGCGAGAGUCCACGACGAAAACAGGGGAUCGUAAUGGAGACAAUCCUGAAUGGUUACAAGUUGUCCCUACUUCCAAAAAUGACCCUACAGCAGUUGAGCAUACAAUUCAGAGACAUUUUCCAGAUAACCUCGUAUGCAUACAGACUCGUGAAGAAGUCGUCACGACUGGAGAUUGCAAAUCGUCAGACGCAAUUCUACUUAUUAAUAAAGUCUUGCGAAAAAAUAACCGGGGACCAAGUUACGAGCGAAUGUUCCCCGGACCAAUUUUCACAAUAGAACAGUCCCACACGAAUAAAUGUCUUUCCGUUGUCCCAGGUACGACCGAGUUGCAAUUGACAAACUGUUCUCAAAAUAAUGGUUUCCAAAGAUGGAUUACGUGUCGAAAUUUGGGGGCGUGUGAUGUGGAAAUCUCGUGGUCUCCUGCACAAAUAAUUUUUCCAACAAGUCAAAAUCGCCAAGAUGACUUUAAGACGGUUUCUCCAAAACUCCAAACGUCUCGUCCGUCUUUAUCAAUGGUACCAGCAAAGACAAUGCAAAAGCUGGUACAAAUUCAGCCCUCGUUUGAAACACUAACAUCAACAGCGGCAUCAACAACACAGAUGCACAGCACAUGUAGCAGUGGCGUUCAAACUUGUCCCAAAAUUUUUGUCAACGAACUUUUGUACUUUGUCCACAAUGCUCAGAUAAUGAAUUUGGAGGAUAAAAAAAUUAUAACAAUUAUCUCAGACUUUUACAGUCGAAAACUACAGGGUGAUGCAUUGGAUCUAUUAAAAGAGAAUUUUGUCAUUGAUGUUGACCCCCGGUCAGAAUCUGCCCCUAAAGGAAUUCAAAUAGUGCAUUGGAUGAAGCAAUUGACAAAACAUGGAAUGAAUUCGGAUGUGGUAUUUGCAUCGAGACGUUUAUCUGGUCUCCCUCCAAUUUUCACAGUUGAUAAUAACACACCGGAAAUACAGGGUCGGCCAAAUCGUGAGAAUUUAGAAAAACUGAAAGAUCGAAUAGAAACAAGUUUAAAUUUAAUCAUGGAAAAGUUGAAAGACUUUAAAUCUGAGGUUGAAUCAGACUUGGGCUCAAUGUUGGCAAAAACGUCAUCUUCAUACUCGUCAUCAGAAGGAUCCAAUACAUUUGAUCCUGCUUCUGACGACACGGACAUGAUAGGAAAUAUCGAUCUUAGGACAGGACAAAGCAAUAACUCACGUCGUAGAUAUAAGAAAUGAUUCUCAAUGUCAAAUUCUAAUUCAGUACCCAGCUAACAUAGGAAUAAUAAAGUUAUGAUAAAGUAAUCAUACAAAAAAUCUGUGGUUUGAUUGUUUAGUUGUUGGAAUAUGUGAUUUGAUAUUUAUUGGUUCCUUCCCCAUAUCACUACGUAACAUUAUUCAUUCCAAAUCCAGUAGCAAAAUAUUUACUCGUACAACCAUGGGUCUUCAACGGACUUCCAUUUAAUUUGUUCCUCGGGUUUGAACCACAAGUUAAUUUCUUUCUUGGCGGAGUCGACAGCGUCGGAUCCGUGGAUAAUGUUACGUCCAACUUGGAUAGAAAAGUCCCCUCGGAUGGACCCUGGAAGGGAUUUGGCUGGGUCGGUCUCUCCCAACAUCAUUCGUCCCAUCUU